AUGCCCUCUUCCCCCUCCUCCACAAUCUCGCAGCGUUUGAGUGAUCUCAACGCUGUUGUUUGUCAACUCACCGUUCGCGAUUCGUUUACUUCUCUCACAGAUCCGGAGUUUUGUUGUCGGAGUUCCGAUUUGGCCACCAUGGCGGCCGCAAGCGCUCCGAUCACUAUGAAGGAGUCCCUAACGCUGACCAGCAUAGGGAUCAAUCCUCAGUUUAUCACCUUUACAAACGUGACCAUGGAAUCUGAUAAAUACAUCUGUGUACGAGAGACUUCUCCCCAAAACAGCGUCGUAAUUAUCGAUAUGAGUAUGCCAAAUCAACCUCUGAGGAGGCCAAUUACCGCAGAUUCAGCACUUAUGAACCCCAAUACCAGAAUACUAGCUCUAAAAGCUCAACUUCCUGGAACUAAUCAAGAUCACCUACAAAUAUUUAACAUUGAGGCUAAAGCCAAGAUGAAGUCUUAUCAAAUGCCCGAGCAGGUUGUCUUUUGGAAGUGGAUUACACCAAAGAUGUUGGGUUUGGUAACACAAGCAUCUGUAUAUCAUUGGUCUAUUGAGGGUACAAUACACAUUUUCCCUUUUUGUAUGUACAUACUAGGGGAACCAUUUGAUGUUUCACUACUGAAAUUAAUAUAUUUGCACUUCUUUCCAGGUGACUCGGAACCUGUGAAGAUGUUCGAUAGAACCGCUAAUCUAUCAAACAACCAAAUUAUUAACUAUCGUUGUGAUCCCUCGGAAAAAUGGUUGGUUUUGAUUGGAAUAGCUCCUGGUUCUCCUGAGAGGCCUCAACUUGUCAAAGGAAGCAUGCAGCUCUUUUCAGUAGAUCAGCAGCGUAGUCAAGCUCUUGAAGCUCAUGCGGCAUCUUUUGCCUCGUUCAGAGUGGUAGGUAAUGACAAGGACUCUAUCUUGAUAUCGUUUGCAACAAAAACUUCAAAUGCAGGGCAGAUUGUCUCUAAACUUCAUGUUAUUGAGCUUGGGGCCCAACCAGGCAAGCCGUCAUUCACAAAGAAACAAGCAGAUCUUUUCUUUCCCCCAGAUUUUGCAGAUGAUUUCCCAGUAGCAAUGCAGAUUUCCCAGAAAUACAGUUUGAUAUAUGUGAUCACGAAGCUUGGACUCCUCUUUGUUUAUGAUCUGGAAACAGCCACCGCUGUAUAUAGGAAUAGGAUUAGUCCAGAUCCUAUAUUUUUGACCUCGGAAGCUACUUCUGUGGGCGGCUUCUAUGCCAUCAACAGGAGAGGCCAAGUGUUGCUUGCCACUGUGAAUGAGGCAACCAUUGUGCCUUUUGUUAGUGGCCAACUGAAUAACCUGGAGCUAGCUGUCAAUCUAGCUAAAAGAGGGAAUCUUCCUGGAGCCGAGAAUCUGGUUGUCCAACGUUUCCAAGAGCUGUUUGCUCAGACAAAGUACAAGGAGGCUGCCGAGCUUGCCGCUGAAUCUCCUCAGGGGAUCCUCCGUACUCCUGACACUGUUGCUAAAUUUCAGAGUGUACCUGUUCAAGCUGGUCAAACCCCGCCACUACUACAGUAUUUUGGAACAUUGUUAACCCGAGGGAAAUUGAAUGCAUUUGAGUCUUUAGAAUUAUCUCGUUUAGUUGUGAACCAAAACAAAAAGAACCUCCUGGAGAACUGGUUAGCUGAGGAUAAGCUGGAGUGUAGUGAAGAGCUUGGUGACCUUGUCAAGACUGUGGAUAAUGAUCUGGCUCUUAAAAUAUAUAUCAAAGCGAGGGCUACACCAAAAGUCGUUGCUGCUUUUGCUGAGCGCAGGGAAUUUGAUAAAAUCUUGAUAUAUUCCAAGCAGGUCGGCUAUACUCCUGAUUAUCUCUUCCUGCUGCAAACAAUUCUUCGUUCAGACCCUCAGGGAGCUGUCAACUUUGCUCUCAUGAUGUCCCAAAUGGAGGGAGGCUGCCCCGUUGACUACAAUACCAUUACUGAUCUCUUUCUUCAGAGAAACAUGAUCCGGGAGGCAACCGCAUUUUUGUUGGAUGUUCUGAAGCCUAAUUUACCAGAGCAGGCUUAUCUUCAGACUAAGGUACUGGAAAUCAAUCUUGUCACUUUCCCCAAUGUGGCCGAUGCAAUCUUAGCUAAUGGCAUGUUUAGCCAUUAUGACCGACCUCGCAUUGCUCAACUUUGUGAAAAAGCUGGCCUUUACAUUCGAGCCCUUCAGCACUACACCGAGUUGCCAGAUAUCAAGCGUGUAAUUGUGAACACUCAUGCAAUCGAGCCACAGCAACUUGUAGAGUUUUUUGGUACCCUUUCGAAGGAGUGGGCUCUGGAGUGUAUGAAGGACCUUCUUUUAGUUAACUUAAGGGGCAAUCUUCAGAUUAUUGUUCAGGUUGCUAAAGAAUAUUGUGAGCAAUUGGGUGUUGAAGCUUGCAUAAAGCUCUUUGAGCAGUUCAAGUCCUAUGAAGGGUUAUAUUUCUUUUUGGGAUCAUAUUUGAGCUCGAGUGAGGACCCUGAUAUCCAUUUCAAGUACAUCGAAGCAGCUGCUAAGACUGGUCAAAUUAAGGAGGUUGAACGAGUCACUAGGGAAUCUAACUUCUAUGACCCGGAAAAGACUAAGAAUUUCUUGAUGGAGGCCAAGCUUCCUGAUGCUCGGCCACUGAUUAAUGUUUGCGAUCGUUUUGGUUUUGUUCCUGACCUGACCCACUACUUGUACACCAGUAACAUGCUGCGGUACAUUGAGGGAUAUGUCCAAAAGGUAAAUCCUGGAAAUGCUCCUUUAGUUGUUGGACAGCUGCUUGAUGAUGAAUGCCCUGAAGAUUUCAUUAAAGGCCUCAUUUUAUCUGUUCGUUCACUUCUUCCAGUAGAGCCUCUUGUGGAGGAGUGUGAAAAAAGGAACCGGCUUCGAUUGCUUACCCAAUUUUUGGAGCACCUUGUGAGUGAAGGAAGCCAAGAUGUGCAUGUACAUAAUGCUCUGGGAAAGAUCAUAAUAGAUAGUAACAAUAACCCAGAGCACUUCCUGACUACCAACCCUUACUAUGAUUCACGUGUUGUUGGAAAAUACUGUGAGAAGCGUGAUCCUACUCUUGCUGUUGUGGCCUACAGGAGAGGGCAAUGUGACGAUGAAUUAAUAAAUGUCACGAACAAGAACUCUCUGUUUAAGCUGCAGGCCAGGUAUGUGGUUGAGAGGAUGGAUGGUGAUCUGUGGGAAAAGGUUUUGACCCCGGAGAACGAAUUUAGAAGGCAGCUUAUUGAUCAAGUUGUGUCUACUGCUUUGCCUGAAAGCAAGAGCCCUGAACAAGUUUCUGCAGCUGUUAAGGCUUUUAUGACUGCGGAUCUUCCACAUGAACUUAUUGAGCUCCUUGAAAAGAUCGUACUCCAAAAUUCUGCUUUCAGUGGAAACUUUAAUCUGCAGAAUUUACUGAUUUUAACAGCUAUUAAAGCAGAUCCUUCAAGAGUUAUGGAUUACAUUAACAGACUGGAUAACUUUGAUGGACCUGCUGUUGGGGAAGUAGCUGUUGAAGCAUCGCUUUAUGAAGAAGCCUUUGCAAUUUUUAAGAAAUUCAAUUUGAAUGUUCAAGCUGUAAAUGUGUUAUUGGAUAAUAUCCGAGACAUUAACCGGGCAGUAGAGUUUGCCUUCCGUGUAGAGGAAGAUACUGUAUGGAGUCAGGUCGCUAAGGCUCAGCUCAGGGAAGGAUUAGUUAGUGAUGCAAUUGAGUCUUUCAUCAGGGCAGAUGAUGCAACUGAGUUUUUGGAGGUUAUACGUGCUGCCGAGGAUGCUGAUGUGUACCAUGAUUUGGUGAAGUACUUGUUGAUGGUUAGGCAAAAGGCCAAGGAGCCCAAGGUGGACAGUGAGCUUAUUUAUGCGUAUGCUAAAAUUGACCGACUUGGUGACAUUGAGGAGUUCAUUCUCAUGCCAAAUGUUGCUAAUCUGCCCAAUGUGGGUGACCGCUUGUAUGAUGAGGCUUUAUACGAGGCUGCAAAGAUAAUUUAUGCUUUCAUAUCUAACUGGGCUAAGUUGGCAGUCACACUUGUAAAGUUGAAGCAAUUUCAAGGUGCUGUUGAUGCAGCAAGGAAGGCCAAUAGUUCAAAGACAUGGAAAGAAGUUUGCUUUGCAUGUGUUGAUGCAGAGGAAUUCCGCUUAGCUCAGAUUUGUGGGCUUAAUAUUAUUGUCCAGGUUGAUGAUCUGGAAGAGGUCAGUGAGUAUUACCAGAACAGGGGAUGCUUCAAUGAAUUAAUUUCCCUUAUGGAAAGUGGCUUGGGAUUGGAACGUGCACAUAUGGGCAUAUUUACUGAACUGGGAGUCCUGUAUGCCAGAUAUCGCUAUGAGAAGCUGAUGGAGCAUAUCAAAUUGUUCUCCACACGGCUCAACAUUCCUAAACUCAUCAGAGCUUGUGAUGAGCAACAGCACUGGAAAGAACUCACUUACUUGUAUAUUCAAUAUGAUGAAUUUGAUAAUGCAGCCACCACUGUCAUGAACCAUUCUCCAGAUGCUUGGGAUCAUAUGCAGUUCAAAGAUAUUGUUGUCAAAGUUGCAAACGUGGAGUUAUACUACAAGGCGGUGCACUUCUAUUUACAAGAGCAUCCUGAUUUAAUUAAUGAUCUUCUGAAUGUCCUUGCACUUCGUGUUGAUCACACAAGAGUGGUGGAUAUAAUGAGAAAGGCUGGCCAUCUUCGUCUUGUGAAGCCGUACAUGGUUGCAGUUCAGAGCAAUAAUGUGUCCGCUGUUAAUGAGGCUCUCAAUGAGAUAUAUGUUGAAGAGGAAGACUAUGACAGAUUGCGUGAAUCAAUCGAUUUGCAUGAUAACUUUGAUCAAAUAGGCCUUGCCCAGAAGAUUGAGAAACAUGAGUUGCUUGAAAUGAGACGUGUUGCUGCUUACAUAUACAAGAAAGCUGGACGAUGGAAGCAAUCAAUUGCCCUGUCAAAGAAAGACAAUCUUUACAAAGAUGCAAUGGAGACAGCUUCCCAGUCUGGUGACCGUGAGCUUGCCGAGGAGCUGCUCGUCUAUUUCAUCGAACAGGGAAAGAAGGAGUGCUUUGCUUCAUGCUUGUUCGUUUGUUAUGAUUUGAUCCGGGCAGAUGUUGCUCUUGAGCUGGCUUGGAUGAACAAUAUGAUCGACUUCGCCUUCCCAUAUCUGUUGCAGUUUAUCCGGGAGUACACUGGCAAAGUUGAUGAGCUUAUCAAGGACAAAAUUGAAGCUAUGAAUGAAGUAAAGGCUAAAGAGAAUGAAGAAAAGGAUAUAAUGAAGCAGCAGAAUAUGUAUGCCCAGUUGCUGCCUCUUGCUUUGCCUGCACCACCAAUGCCAGGAAUGGGAGGUGCCGGCAUGGGUGGGGGUUUCGCACCACCGCCACCAAUGGGUGGAAUGGGUAUGCCACCAAUGCCACCAUUUGGCAUGCCACCCAUGGGAUCAUACUGA